AUGGCUUCAAAAUAUCACGACGAUUGGCAGUCCAGUAAGAGAACAGUCUUACAAAGAAAUGCGUAUAUGUUUGAUAACGAAUUGAUGAGCGAUGUAUCUUUCACUUGUGGGGAAUCAAGUCGCAUAUUUCAUGCGCAUAAAUAUGUGCUUGCCACGAGCAGUGCUGUGUUUUUUGCCAUGUUUUAUGGCGAUUUAGCUCAGAAAGAAUCUCCCAUUUGCCUACCAGAUGACAACGAAGAAAACUUCAACGAAUUUCUGCGCUACCUCUACACUGACGAUUGUAAAAUCACCGCAGAGAACGCGAUUGGAGUUUUGUACUUGGCUAAGAAGUAUCUUAUGUCGUCUUUGACAAAGAAGUGUUGCAAGGUUCUAGAGGCAAGCAUUAAACCUGAUAAUGUUUUCAUGGUGUUGGAGCAAGCAAUACAAUUUGAUGAACAAAAGUUGGAAGCGAAGUGCUGGGAUAUUGUAUCGAAGAAAACUCAGGAAUGCAUAAACUCGGAAGCAUUCUGUAAUGUCGGAUCUCAUACCCUCAAUGCUUUGUUAAAGAGCGAGACGUUGACAGUAACAGAAGUAGAAUUGUUCAAAGCGGUGUUAAAAUGGGUAGACGGCGAAUGUGCAAGACAAGGUAUAAAUAUUGAAGAAGACAAAACAGUAAGAAGACGUGUUCUAGGGGAUAGUGUAUAUGAAAUCCGUUUCCUUGAAAUGUCACAGGAAGAUUUCGCGAAAUAUGUCUCUUCUACUGGAAUACUUACAGAGACAGAACUUGUUUCUAUUUUCCAGAAAUUUAGCGGGUUAGAUGUGGCUGGCUUGGAAUGGAAGGAGCAAAAGAAAAGGCGAUCUUAUAUAGUCGGUUUCAGCAGAUUUGACGUUGCCAAUGGUAUUAAACAGGCUUGGAAUUACAACGGAAGUAGUUCCGAUGCCCUUACUCUGACGGUCAAUAAAGCUGUUCUGUUUCACGGUGUUCGCUUGUUUGGUGACUCCAAUUGUAGUCAAUACGUAGUCAAAUUUCGGAUCAAAGCUCAAAAUCUAUCAAGGAUCUACACCUCAGAACAAGACAAUGAUGGUGUGUGGGGUUAUGAUGUCAUGUUGCCCAAACCAAUUUCUCUACAGCCAGAUGAAGAGUUCACAAUAAUUGCGACAAUAAACGGACCACAAUCCCAAUGCGGUAAAAAUGGAAAAUCAUCAGUAAAGAACGAUGACACUGUCGUAACUUUUAAAAAUGCACCUUACAGUUCUCAUGGUUUGAUUCCAAAUUUUACAAAUACAGAUAAUGGUCAAUUUUACAAAAUAUUCCUUUCUAAAAUCUAG